AUGGAAAAAGAAUUGUAUCGAUAUAUCGACGAAGCCCAAAGAAAUGCAGAGCAUUCAAAAAUAAAGUAUUCUUUAGGCAAUCUUUUAAAGGCCAGGUUGCUUUCAUUGAGUUCAAUUAAUUCUUUCAGCCAAGUUCUUUUCCUUAUAAAGCAACUGGAGAACAGUUCCAAUAACUAUAGACAUGAUAAAAAAUUGGUGGAGAUAGUAAAAGAACUGUGUAAUGCUGCUAUUGAAUACCAUUCAAAUUUAACUAAAGAUCAGAAUUGCAAAAAAUUGAUUUGCUUAAAUGAUAAAAUUGCUUGGUUAAGCUCGAUCAUUAAACAAGAUAAUCUUCCUCCCAGUAUUUAUCCUCCUGUUUUCGAUGAUUUUAAUAAAAAUUCAAUAAUAGUUAACCCUUAUGAUUCACAAUUUGAUUUGGAAAAUUCACAUUUAAAAUUAUCUAAAUUUCAAUCAAAUCACUUGUUAUCUUGGAGCCAUUCCAAGAUUCUAAUUAAAAAUCAAGUUUGGUCAACAAAAGAUAAAAAUAAUUAUCAUCGUGAUUUGCUUCAUCUAUAUCAAAAUAGGUUGAACUCUAAUUGCUCUUUAGUUUCUUCUUUUUUGUCAAUUUUGAAUAAAACCGAAAAUAUAAAUCUUUUAUUAAAUCAAGUUCAACCUCAUCACCCAUCUUUUAAAUAUUCUGUUUUUUUAUAUUUUAAUGGUUAUCAAAGAUUGAUUCUAACUGAUGAUGUCUUACCAUUUUCAACUGAUGCUGAAAAAUGUAAUAUAUUCAUAAAUUCUUCUCAUAAUCAUGAUAUUAUUUGGCCAGCAUUAAUUGAAAAAGGUUAUUUAAAGCUAUUCAAUAAUAACUCUUAUGAUUUUGUUGGUUCAAAUGCUGGAAUUGAUAUUUACAGAUUGAUAGGUUGGUUUCCCCAAUUUAUUAAUCUAAAACAAUAUCAAUCAAUUAAUAUAAAAAAUAUGGAUAAGUUAUGGAAUUUGAUUUAUGAAAAUUUUAAAAAGAACAAUUGUGUUUUAUCUGUUGGUACUGGCAAAAUUAUUUCUAAUCAGUCUGAGUAUUUAAUUUCUAAUCACGAUUAUUCAAUUUUAAAUUUAAAUCUGGACAGAAAAUUUUUGAUUAAAAAUCCUUGGUUGAACACUACUACCGCUGCUACUGCUACCAAUUGCAAUAAUAAUAGCUCAAAGUUGAUUAAUAAACAAUGGAUAAAUUUUGAUUAUUUGCUUAGAAAUUUUGACACCCUAUAUAUUAAUUGGAAUCCAAAAAUAUUUCCGACAAAAAAAAUUGUAAAUUUUAUUUCUUUGGUUAAUUAUAACAACAAUAAUAAUAAUAAAAAUAAUGAUUUUAAUUAUUUAAAACCUCAGUUUAAAAUUGAAAAUAAUUCCAACAAACCAAUUAUUUUAUGGAUAUUCAUUGAAAGACAUUACAAAAAUUUUAAUUUUAAUUUUAAUAUUAUAAUUAAUAAUAGGAUAAUUAAAUCUAACGGAGAAAGAAUUUUGUCUGAUUAUCAGAGAAAUCUCUUAAAUGAGGGCAAUUUUGAGAGUUAUAAUAACUUUCACCUAGUUAAAAUAAAUUUGAAAGCCUUUGAAGUGUGUACGUCAAUUGUUUCUUCUUUAUGUGAGUGUGAUACUAAUAAUAACGAGGAAAACCAUUGGGAUCUAGAAACACAAAAAAAGAGAAUAAAAUCAUCAAUCAGUUUUAGUAUGGUUUUUUAUUCAUCUGUUUUAAAACAAGAAGAACUAAAAAUUGAAAAAGCCAGUUAUAAAUACAAGUUUUUUAAAGAAAUUGAGGGAAAUUGGAAUUCGGAUAACUGUGGAGGAAAUUCUUUAAAUGCGACAUAUAUUAAUAAUCCACAAUAUGAAUUUAAAGUAAUGAGUGAAAAGAAUGAAAGUAAAGUUGAUAUUGGAUUAUUUAUUGAAAAUAAAAACAUUUUAAUCAAUUUGCAAAUUUUUUGGUCAGAGGGGAAUAAUAAAAAAAUCGAAAAGUUCAAUUACAAAAAAUUGGUUUUUAAUGAAAAGUAUAAAAGUAAUGGAAAUUUUCUAAUUGAGAAUUUUGUUGCUGAAAAAAAUAAAAAAUAUUUAUUUUUGUUAUCAACAUAUGAUAAAGGAUUGAGUAAUAAUAAAAACAUUAAUUACAAACUAAUCAUAAACUGUGAAAAUGAUUUUAAAAUUAAAGAAUUGAACAAUGAAUUGGGAUUGUUUUUAAGGGAAAUUAAAUUUAGUUGGAAUAAAUCAAUUAAAAUUGAAUUUAAUUUUGAGAUAUUAAGAGAUUCCAAAGUAAACAUUCAUAUUGUUUUACUGCUAAUUCUUAAUUCGAUAUAUAGGCCUAAGAUACGAGCUAAUAUAUUCUCCAAUAAUGAUGAUUGCAUCCAGCUAACCAAAAAUAAAGAAUUUGAUGACAGCCUCUAUGGAAUCUUUUUAAACGAGUUGGUCUUAAAAAGAGGAAAAUAUAUAAUUUUGCUUGAGCGAUUUGAAUUGGGUGAAGGAGAAGGGAUCAUCAAAAUGGGCAGCAGCAAUCAGAUAAUCUUAGAGUGA